CUUUUGAAAAUCUCAAAAUCUGAAGCAAUACGAAGAAAAAUAGGUAAUUAGUUAUGUUGCUUAUUAUUUUCAAAUUAAAUUUCUUCUUCUUUGAUCAAACAAAAGCCAAGUUAUAAAUGAAAACUCGACACAUCUUUCAUGGCAAUGGGUUCACCGAUUCCUCACUUGGGUGCCACAAGUGAUAAGUCACAGCCUAUAGAACUUUCUUCACAAUUAAGUUGGGAAUUAGAAAUUUGAGGAGCUUAACUGAGGCAACUUUUUCGGUUUUUUGAGACAGAAUUACGUUGCGUUACACAAGUCACUUUUUUGGAAUCAGCGUAUCAUUUUUUACAUAAGAAGCAGUUAUUUUUGAAAAACAUAUUUAGGCAACCAGAUUAAAAAAAAAAAACAUUACAUAUUAUUUCAAAAAAAAAACCUCCUGACACUAUUGAAAUCAAAUCAAACUUCCCUUAGUUCUUGAAAUUCUUACACCAAAAGCCUCUAAUUCUUCAUUUCACCCCCCUCUGGCAUCCAAUGGCAAGACAAUAAGCAAAGAUCCCGCAGGACACCUUUCAUUCGAGAGACGAUUCGCGGACAUAACCCCCACCCGACUGACGAAUUGGGGGCGGCAGCGUGUCGGCGGUUGAUCGUGCGGCGAGUCUCCAAUUUAGAGGGGUUGUGAUAAAGUGGCGGCACUUUAUAAAGACGCCUUUAUUCGGUCGCGUGCCGUAAUGUGUGGUGGUUGGUCGCUUUGGCGAGAGAGAACUGGUAAAUUUUAACACGCGCGGAUACGAUUUUUACAUUAUUAUAGUGGUGAUAUUAUUACUAAUGUGGUGAUAAGGAGAUUUAUUCCAGAAAUACAAACUUCAAAGUGAAGUUCAAAAUGUACUCUCUAUACAGAGCAUGGCUCUCGCUUAGCCCUUCUACCAGUUUUACACCCCUUGCGGCUCCUUCGAUACCACUAAACCUUACUCUACCAACUCCGGCUCAAUUACCAGAAGUCCCUGACGUCACUUUGCAAGUUGGACCUACAAUGACGCACUUUUCAGCUCAUAGAAGAGUUUUGUCACUACACAGUGGAUUUUUUAAAGCUGCUUUAUCCAACCAUACAAAUCUCUCUCCAAUAACUGUUCCGAACGUCAAUGUAGACGAAUUUUCCUCACUUCUGACUUUCAUGUAUACAGGCCAUUUGGACCUAAACAUCGCCAAUAUUUACAGUAUCCUUUUGGCUACGCAUAUCCUUCAUAUGCCAAGAGCUUUGGAGCUUUGCAGGAAUUUUUUGCUACAGCAAGGACAAUACACUACCGAAACUCAACAGCAACAGAAAAUUAACGUUAUCAAACCGAUUGCAAGUCGUAAAAUGGUGCCAUCUAUGCAAGAAUUUUUUAGUCCUGCCAUUAGUCAUAAUGGUUUAAAGAAAAGUGAAGAUACUCCAUUCAAAGUAGUAAAAGAAAACAAUGAAUCGGCAAGUACAAUUACAAGUAAAGCUGACGUAAAGUUACGAUCUACAACUGAAAAAAUUCUUGCGGAAAAAAAGCCAAAAGUCUCCACCAAAAAACGCCCUUCGCCAGAUUCUACUGUUAAUAACAACAAAGAGAAAAUCAUUAUCGACGUUGCUUGUUGUGACGGACCAGUGAGAUUCCAUAGAGUCAUCAACAAAAACUAUGGACUUCAAGACAUGGAAAAUUUUGAUGGAACCUCUACAGACCAAUUUGCAACAGAUUUUAACCGAAGUAAUGCAAUGAACAAAGUAAUGAACGAAAAUAUAAUGGAAAAACUAAACAGCAACGAAAACAACCAAUCAGAAGAGGUAUUCACUUGCGUCUAUUGCAAUCACACCUUCAAAUCGCAGUACUGCUACCAAAAACACGCUAGGCGCCAUCUAUAUCCCGUCAGCGUCGAUAAAGUUGCUCAAGCAGAAACCAAACGUGAAGUUAAGCUUCUAGACAUGAACGUUCAGUAUUAUCCGUGCAAGACUUGCGGAAGCAAAUUUCCCAGUUACUAUUUCGUGCAUAAGCACCGCAAAAUGUGCCAUGCAGAAGAAGUUGCUGAUAAAAAUCAUAAAAAUAAUGAAAUUGUUGUGGAAAAUGUUCAAGUAGCAAGGGACGAGAGCAGCAGUUGCAGCGCUAUAAUAGAUGUUGAAGCUGUUCAAAAUGAGAAUGAACAAGAAGUUACCUAAAUUUAGUUUUGUUGAUUGAAACCUUUACACAUAUUUUCCUCCAAAUUACUAAUCGAUAAAAUGUAAUGUAAUAAAAAGGGUAACUAAUUAAGAUAAAAAUAACAUAAUUAUGUAAACAAUUUCAGUUAUGGCAUAGUGUAUAAUAAUUAUAAUUGACAGGGUGCUAUAUUGAAAAUAUCUAAAUUGAAAAAACAAGCCAAGGGGGUAGCAUUUUUUGGAAUUUUA